GGGAACCUGUUGUUCGUAGGAGACGGAGGAAUGUAGUUACGCCGCGAACGCAAAUGCCAUCAUGAACACCAAAACAAAUCUUCAACAUGCGUCGAAUUCGUACAAUGGAGAUACUGUAGGAAGAGACAGUCCAUCAGCAUUGCUGGAUAUGCUUGCUGAAGUUGCAUCUCAAACUCUACAUUCAGAAAAGAAGCGUAUUAAUUCGCUGCUGGCGUCGAAUGCAAAUCGUGUCGAAUGUCCAUGCAAACCUAAAACAACAACUAGUUUGAAACGGAAAGAAUUGUACUUCACUGUACCUCAGCUUUUAUCUAUGCCAGUUUCCCAUCUUGUUAAGCAGUUUACUAUUUUUACAAGUGACGAGCUCAAAAGACUUUAUUCUUAUACUUGUGCGUUAGUGCCUGGAUGCCAACAGAAAUAUACUAGUUUUGCUAGUGAAGUAAAGGCGAGAACAUCUGUUAAGAAUCAUUUAGAAGAACAUUUGGAAUAUUUUAAAGCAGAUAAAGAGGCCUAUGAUACAUUCACGGCAAAGAGUGUAAAUUAUAAGAAUUUAAAAACUAAUCUACAGAAUAAGAAAAGUCGGGUGCAACAGACAAAGAAACCUCAAGAAACAUUGAAUAAGGAAAACAAAGAUGUGAUAUUGGAGAAAUCGACAAAUUACUUGCGCAAGAUACUUCUAAAUGACAUUAAUAUUAAAGAGAUCGAGAAACAAAAAUGUUUUCAGAAGCCAGAAAAUAAGGAGGUGCCUGACUUAAAGAAUUCUGAUCAAGCUGAUUUUAAAGUCCUUGGCGAUCAUAGUUAUUUCGAACGUUUAGAUGAUAAGGUGUCCAGUAGGAAAGGGAUGUCGUCUCUCAGUAAUGUUCUUGAGAAUACAACAAGAGAAGAAAAUAUUGUAUUGAUGGUUGUUGGUACUGAUAGUGUACAUAUGGAGGAAUACUCUCAUGUUAAUCAGAAAUUAUCCAUAGAUUCAAAGUGUCAAGAUGAUUCUCUUGGUUUACCAGACUUAUCGUGGUCAGACGAAAGUCGGAUCAGAAUUACGGAAGCGUCUACGACGACCAAGCCGAAAGGAAAAGCCAAAUUCAUUGGCACGAGCAAGGAAGAGAGGGAAAUGGCAUUGGCGUAUAUGGAACGUAUUAAGAAGAAGGGUAAUCCUACGGGGAGCAAUCUUCAGUGUCGGAUUUGCGAUCCGCCCCGCACUUUUACAGCGCCUACAACUUUGGUGUCUCAUUAUCGAAGUCACGCCGGGAUAAAACCGUAUGAAUGUCGGAUAUGCAAAGCAGUAUUCACGAGGAGGCAUAGUUUGAAGUACCAUAUGUUGAUUCAUUCCAAUCAAACGCGCUUCACGUGCACGGAUUGCGGAAAGAAAUUCAGACAUCCAUCUCACUUCAAGGAACAUCAGCGUAGGCACACCGGCGAAGCGCCGUUCGGAUGCGACGACUGUGGGCAAAGGUUUAAAACGAGAAACACUUACAAACGUCACUUGAAAACGCGGCAUGGGAAAAUUCUCACGACCACCGGUGAGCUCUUGCAUCUUCCCGAGGAAGACUUUCAAAAAAUUCGGACGAAUCGACGAAGGAAGGACUACGCUUCGGAGACCGCAACGAACGCCGACAGUGUCGCGUCCGACACGAUCGUGAGUUUUAGUAAUCAGCACGAGCAUGGAACGCAAGUUGUGGAGGAGUAUGUUCUGAAAGAGAAUAUUGACGACAUUAACAGAAAUUGGGAAACGAAAGGUAUGAUACAAGUUGUUGACAAGUGUAUCGGGAGCUUUGAGAUUUGUACGGAAUCUCAGUUGAAUAAGACUGACGGUACAGAGACUGAAUUAGCUGUAGACUGUAGAUACUCUGAGAGAAACGAUAGCAAUAUUAAGAUGGAUUUUACGAAUAACGUACAAAAUGAUCUGCUGCAACUGAAAAAUCCUUUUUACGAUAAUUUAGAGACGGCAAAUAACGAGGAAGGUCACGCCGCUUAUGAGCAUAAUUAUGAUGAUGAGGGAAAGGUUUACGAUUGCAGCGAAGUGAUACAAUCGUACACCGAAGUAAAUUGUAACAGUGAGACUUCGAGAGAAGAGGAAGAAGAAGACAAAAAAGUGACAACACAGCGUGAAGUAAAUAUGGAAUCUCUGAAAGGACAGGACAGUUAUCACAAGAUAAUAUACAACAAUGCCGUGCAGGAUGAAUCUACAACGUAUAUGCAUUUAAAGGUAGAAGAUAAAGCCAAUGCCACGAGUCCCAACGAAAGCAAUCAAAUUAUUAUCGCACAAAACGACACCGCGUUGAAUGAAGGACACGACAAAUAUGCCGAUGGUCUCGAUAUCGAGAAUAAAGGGUGCGUGGAAAACGAAAUUUACUUGCACUCCGCACAGAUUGCAAAUGCGAGCGUUAGUAUUUUACAAACGUUCAACAAAGUUGAGGAAAAGUUUGCUUCGCAAAACCAAAAUAUGACAUUACAGCAAGAUGAACGUGUAAAGAGCGAUCCUGAAUCUACAGCGACCGAUACAUUAAAUAUGGAAGAACUGAAUGUCUCCCGGAAAGACCUCGUUGCGGCGAACGAAGAAACCGUAAAACAGGAAAAUAAGCAGUACUUGUAUCUCCAUACUGGAACGAUGGACGAUAUAAUUGCACAAAAUAAAUGCAUAAAUAAAUGCAUACCUCUGCAUCAAAUCAACUUGUAUUGCGACCAGCACAACCAACUGAAAGGAAAUGCGGACAACUGCAAGCAAAUUAAGGUCUUAAACGGCGACAUACGAGCGAUCAAUAUACAGCAAUCUGACAAACAAAAUGCGAUUUUGCUUGUAUCCAACGACAGUUUGCAGAACGGAAUCCUGAAAAUUGACAAAGGUAAUAUCACCGUCAAAGGUGUAAACAGAUAGACAGCGUGCAGAUGUAAGUAACAGUAAUAACAUUUGAUCAAUAUUAUUUUGGCCUUAAAAUAAAUGAAGUUGUUUCUGGUAGAUUUUGAUACGCGAAUUACGAGUCUGGUCCUAAAAAUGUCAAAUCGCGUCAAGUUCUUGAGAUAUUUUAAUCUAAAGGUGCCAAAAAUGAGGUAUUAGAAUAUCUGAAAAACUUGACGUGAUACAACGUUUUCGGCGCACCGAGCCUCACAAGCGUCGCAUAUCCGUACGCACAACUUUAGCCGUCUUCGGUUGAUUCAACGCGAGCCGACUAUCCCGAUAACUAAUGUUAACCAUGACUAUUACUACAGUUGUCUCGUCGGCGAGACUGUGGAAGACGGCCGAAAUUGUGCGCACGGACACGUGACACUUGCGUGCAUUGUGUGCCAUCAUUGGCAUCACUGGGGCCAUAUUCGUAAUCAGCGCAUCAAAAUCUACCAGAAAAAACUUCGUUUACUCUUUAAGGCUAAAAAUGUUGAAUUUUUAUCGACCAAUAUAAUUGUACAGUAUAGCAUAUUUGACGAGAGUUUGACUCAUUAGUUAACAUCUGGUCAUGUUACGCGAUGCAUUUUAUACUAAUACAGCAAUAUUGAUAGAGGUACAAUCGAUGGAUCAAGGUACACGAUAAUCACCGUAACAUACAGUAGCGUUAAAAGAAAAGAAUAAUGUAAAGAAAAUAAUGUCGCGUUCUCUAGCUCAUGUAAAUAUUCAGAGAGAGAGAAAAAAGUUGAAUGGUUGUCACAUUGUGUUUUUUCACCACGAGACGUAAUUGACUAAAUUCAAGAAAUCGUCUAACAAGAAUACAUCCAUAUAUGGUGUAUUAUGCGUGAUGAUACUUGUGUGAAUAAUAGAAACUGACAGUGAAGCAUUUACUCAUUUUAUUAUGUACGAACUUAUUUGGACAACUUUUAAAAUAUAUUAUUCCAAAAUACUAUGCGAUUGAAUAUGUAUAAUAUCAAUUAUUUGCAUUUAUUAGGCUUUCAAAGUUUGUUUAGUUUCAAAGUUAGGAAACUGCUUAGAAGUAGUUUAUAAUUUCAUUCCUGGCUAUGCAAAAAGCAAUUUAUUGGCAUAUUAAUUUACUGGUAGUUUUAUUUGUUUAUUAUUUUCUUAAUUUGGAUCUAUUCUAAUUUGGAAGAUAUGAUAUUGACGUGCCAAAUUUAAGGAAGCGUGUUGCAUAUAUCAAACACGUAUCUUUAGGUUGUUCAUUAAUCAAAAUAAGGUUUUAUUAUAUUUUUCACAUAAAAUUUUUCAGUUUCAUUAGUUAGAUUGUACGUGAAUAUUAUAGAUAUACUUUAUCCUUAUAUAACAGUUAAUUAAAUUGAGAAUACUCAAUUCUUAUUUUUGCUAUUUAAAAAUUAUGACGCUAUAGCAAUGAAGAAAUUGCAAAGAAUAUACAAAUAUUGUUUUUUAAAGUAACUAGGAAAAAACAUUUAAAAUUAACAACAGUUAACAAAGUAAUUCAAAAUAUGUGAAAACUUAAAUGCGAUUAUAAAGAUUUUAUAUAAUAAAUUCUUAUGUACCUAAGUCGUCUUCCAAAAAUAAACUUCAGUUAUUCGCUUCAUAUACUGGAUAUUUUUAUAAAUAAUUGCAUAAAAUAUAACGAUAUACAUAAUUAUUAAUUUUUCCAACAAU